CCCCAGGAGGGGCGGCCGCACCCCGCAGCUCCCAGCUUCCCGCAGAGGCGAGCCGUGAGCCGCUGGGCGGUCGUCUGCCCACCUGGGGGGGCCGAGAGCGGCAGGGGCAUCCCCCCUCCGCCUCGUCUUUCUCUCCUCCCCUCCGCCGCCUCCCUUCCUCCCUCCCUGCCUUCCUGCCUGGGAUGGUGGAGGGAGCCGGGAGCACCCGGCAGGACGGCCCUGGGCGCGGGGGGCGACUCGCCCCGGCGCCGGUGGGGAGGGCGGCCCGCCGGGGGGGCUCCGCCGUCUCGGGGCUCCGCAGCCCCCGCGGCCGCCGUCGCCGGUGAUGGCCAAGGAUGUCCUCGGAGGGGGAAGCCGAGGCUGCUGCUGAGAGCGGGCCAGGCAGCACCCCCGCGCCGGGGGCCACCGCCGCUGUGCGAGAGGAGCAACGCCCCGUGAAGCAGUCCCUGAGUGCCUGCAUGUGCCGAGAGUCCCACUGGAAAUGCCUCCUGCUCUCCAUCCUCAUGUACGGCUGCCUGGGGGCGGUGGCCUGGUGUCAGCUGGCACGGGUCACCAAGCUCAGCUUUGAUAGCUCCUUCAAGGGCAAGUCCAUGAUCUACCAUGACAGCCCAUGCUCGGACGGCUACGUCUAUAUCCCACUGGCCUUCCUCUCUAUGCUGUACGUGGUGUACCUGGUGGAGUGCUGGCACUGCCAUGUCAAAAGAGAGCUGCAGUACAAGGCAGAUGUGGACAGUGUCUACGAAUGCAUCAACCGCAUGCAGCAAGCCACUCCAUGCAUCUGGUGGAAGGCCAUCAGCUACCACUUCGUGCGGCGAACCCGGCAGGUGACCCGGUACCGCAACGGCGACGCCUACACCACCACCCAAGUCUACCACGAGAGGGUCAACACCCAUGUGGCUGAAGCUGAGUUUGACUACUCUCACUGUGGAUACAAGGACAUCUCCAAGGAGCUCCUGGGCCUGGAAAGCUACACGGCCACCAAGCUGAGGUUCACCAAGUGCUUCAGCUUUGCCAACAUUGAGUCUGAGAACUCCUACCUGACUCAGAGGGCUCACUUUUUCACAGAGAUCGAGGGGCUGGAUGACUACAUGGAGGUGAGGGAAGGCAUGCAGCUCAAAAAUGUGGAUUUUAAAGAGCUCAUGAUGGCCUAUGGGGACCCAGAUCACCUCCCAUGGUACGUGUCCCACUAUGCUUUCUGGGUGGCAGCUAUCCUGAUGAUCUCGUGGCCACUCAGGGUACUCAUAGAGUAUCGGACUGCUUACGUCCACUACCAUGUGGAGAAGCUGCUGGGCCUGGAGUACACGGCCCCCGCUGCAGCCGAGGAACCCUUAUACCGGUACCGCAUGCCCCGAGACGCCACACAGGACAGCACCGAGCUGGAGUGGCACAUCUGCACCAACAGGCAGCUGAUCCCCAGCUACUCAGAGGCCAUGCUCAUGGACUUGGCCAGCUCCCCAGCCUACAACAGCUACACGGUGUGCCGGUACGGCGAGACAGCCCACGGCUGUGAACGCUGCAACCGUGCCUCCAGCACCUCUUCCAUCUUCUCACGCCACGCUUUCCACAGCUGCAGCGGCACCUCCCGCCUCUCCCUCAACACCAGCCGCUUCUCCCUCUGCCGCCUCCACGGCUCCCACAGGACAGGCCUCUGGAGGAGCCGCAGCAGCAGCAUCGCAGAGCGGGGCUGCCAGGACGAGCAGUGCUGCUCCUACUCCAGCCAGCUGGCAGUCAACGAAAACCCCCCAACCUACCACGACGCCCGCUUCUUCCCCGUCCUGAUUGUGCACAGGUCGGAGGGGCAGGACGGGCAGCGCUUCUACGUCAGGCGCUCCUCCUGUCUGGAAACCUCUCUGUGACAGGCCUCCGUGGGUUCUUGGCUCCUCUGCUCUGAGGGGACAGGGCUUGCAGAGGUGCUGCUGGUGGAGAGCCAACAUGAGAGGGAACUUCUUCACUGUGAGGGUCACAGAGCACUGGAAUAGGCUGCACAGGGAGGUUGUGGAAUCUCCAUCUCUGGAGACUUUCAAGACCCAUCUGGAUGGGUUCCUGUGCAACCUGUGCUAGAUUCUAUGGUCCUGCUCUGGCACAGGGGUUGGACUCGAUGACCUUUGGAGAUCCCUUCCAACCCCUAACAUCCUGUGAUCCUGUGAUGUGUUGGUCUCCACAGUGUGUCCACGGCAGAACAAGCUUCAGCUCUUCCACCUGCCAUUGAAGGAGGACACAGGCACUCUGAUCAAUGGUUAACCUUAUUUCCAAGGACUUCUUCCCCUCCUGCCCUAGUCUUUAAUUUCUCUCUACACUCUUUUACUCCUCACCUUCUCUUUGCUCCUCAGUUCUCUGCCUCUCCUCUCCUCCCACCCUCAGUCUUUGUCCUGUGUUUUAGUCACAGCAUUUCACUUCUGUUACUGCUGGAGGAUUUACAAAGCUUGUCCUUUGCAGAGUGUUUGCCCUCUUGGAUGCCCUGCAACGUAAGAAACUCAGAUAGGCAAAAGGCACACGGCCAGCCAGAGCCAAGUCAGAAGGAGAAUUCCGAUCUGCAGGCUCUGAGUCACCUCCUGCAAACCCCAAAUGAGGUGCUUUAUUCAUUUUAUUUUCACCACUCUUUUUCUCUUUUAUUCUGUCAUUUGCUCUCUCCUUUCUUCAUGUUCUCCUCUCCCUUUACCCUCAUCUUCCUCUAUUUUUGGUUUUCUUUUUCAUUUUUUUCACUUCUGCUUCCCUCUUUUUCUGGGGUUUUCUGGGGAAGGCUGUAAUUGCCUUCCACUGGGCAAAAAUAAGGUGGUUGUGGCACAAAUGUCACUAACUGCUGACACAGCCACAGGCUAUGCCCCUGAGAAGUGCUGAGGACUUCCUUUCCAGAGCAGUGACAUAUACCAAUAAAGCAAAAAGCCCUUUGCUCACCUUGUCCUGCCUGGUGUGCAGCAGAGACACUGGUGCAUUUCCAGCUGUAGUUAACCUUGUCCAGCUCCACCCCUGUUAGCAAUUGUUGAGAGCCAUAACGUAGAUCAGUGCCCUGUUAGUGCCACUAUUUUUAGGACCUUAGGUCUGGUUCGUGGUUGUUUCAUUCCUACCACUUGCACAGAGCAGCACUGGCUGGGUAAGGGGGGAGGGGCUGAAGAGGAAAAGGUAAAUCUGGUAUUAAUUCUCCCACCCAUAGACUGGAGUUGUUAGGAAGCUCUUCCACCCACAGCGUCUAUCAGAGCAGUUGCAGAACUGCUCUGUUAUCUUUCAGCUUUCCUUGUGCCCUGGAGAGGGCUACUGGCCCAUAGCCCACUGCUUGCCUUCCCAGGCGAGAAGUGGUGCCACCCCAGCCCCAAGCAGGGAGCACAGCUGGGAGCCAGCCCCACCAGCCACUCCUGCUGGAGCUCCAGACUCCUCCCAAAAGGUUUCCCCUAGAGCAGUUACAGCGCCUUCCAGAAUUAAUCCCAGCAAUGCCAGACCCAGAAGAUGUCUGGUCCCAGAGGAGUGGGCUCCUGCACUGUGGGCUGUGGGCUGCCCUCC